GAUUACGUUCAUCUCUGAAUAACUUAUCCUGAGGAAAUAGGCGCGGGUUUAUGAUCUCACUAAGACCUCAGUGUCUCAAGAUCUGUAUGGAUUCAGAAGUCUCUCCCAGACAUCCUUCCAAAUACCUUAUUAGAAAAACAAGUUAUUUCCAAAGAUAUCUUUGGAAGUAAGCAAGUCUUGACAUCAUAAGCAAUCUUGUCUUAUACUUUUUGAAUAGUUGAGGAUACAGUUGGUAUAAAAACAUUCUGGAGCUUGGGGGUCAGCCAGUGUCCAUUCAGCGUCACCAGUCUCACUCCAUCCCCUACUCCUCCUCCUCUGCUCUGUGCUGAAAGCUCUGGUUUUGAGAUAUAUCUCAUAUCUGCAGACAUGUUUCCCCAUGACAAGUAUUAGAAUGCUGGAAGGUUUACUACUGGGAGGUAGGGAGGGAAAUGGUGAAAUGUAUAUGACCUGUUAUUUUAGAUUCCUUAUACUCAUCUACCACUUUAUUCUUUCUAUUACUGUCUCAGCCAAUGAUGUAAUGUCCUCAUAUUGAAACAAAACACCAGCAGAGAAAGAAAGAAAGGUAAUGAAGAGUUCCCCCUAUGUUGUGUCAGCAACACUGCAGUGAUAAAGAAAAGAAACAGGAGUCACGGAGCAGGCUGUAGGAUGCAGGAUGUUGCUCAAGAGCAAGAUCCUGGCCUUUUUAUUGACAGAGAAAAAGCUAAUCCAAAAGUAAAUGAGGAGAACUUAGAAAAAAAUUGCCAACUCCAGAUCAACAUAUUUAGAGAAAAUUGGAAAAGGAGACGCUUACUGCAGCUUUAUUUGAGGAGUUUUUAAAGAACGCAGAGUUCUAGCUGUGAGCUUCAAAUCUUUGAGCAAAAAUCAGAGACAUUGCCAGAGCAAACAAGAAUAGAAGUACAAAUGGAGAACUGGUCAAAAGACAUAGCCCCUACUUUUCUUGAACAAGAGUCUACAGGGAGAAAUACAAGUACACAGCCAGUUGAGCAACUGACAGUGAAUUCUAAGGGAAGCAUGAAUCACAAAUGCAGUAAAUUAGUUGAUGAAGCCAAAUAUGAGGACACAGAACUGCCAGAGCAGAGUUCAAGGAAUUUCCAGGUCAUCAACCCUUAUCCAGGUGAUGGGACAGCUCACUGCACUACUGAAAACUCCAACAUUAUUGAACAUAGAAAUAAUGAUUUGCAUUAUGAAUAUAUGACUCCUUUUCAAGUUACUCCAGACAUAAAUAAAGAGAAGACAAUAACAUUUCUUAUGAAAGAAUUGGAAAUUCUCAAAGCAAGCAACAAAAAGCUUCAAGAAAAACUGACUAAAGUAGAUAAAGAAAAGAGAAAACUAACGCUUCAGCUGGAGCUCCAAGAGAAAGCAACUGAAGCUCAAAUUGCUGAAAAGACAGCAGCUCUGGUUGAAGAAGUGUAUUUUGCACAGAGGGAACGUGAUGAAGCUGUUAUGUCUCGAUUGCAGUUAGCCAACAAGGAGAGAGAUGAAGCAAUUGCACAAGCCAAGCAUAUGGAAAUGUCUCUAAAAUCGCUAGAAAAUAUUAACCCUGAAGAAAAUGACAUGACAUUACAGGAAUUACUGAACAGAAUAAACAAUGCAGACACAGAGAUAGCUAUUCAGAAGAAUGGAGCUAUAAUUGUGGAGAGAAUCUACAAGACCAUGGAACGUAAAAAGAGAAUAACUGCGGAAGAAAUGAAUGCAGUGAUAGAAGAACGGGAUGCUGCUUUGUCUCAGUGCAAACGGCUAGAGCAGGAGCUUCAUCAUCUGAAAGAGCAGAACCAGACUUCAGCAAACAACAUGAGACAUCUGACUGCUGAAAACAAUCAAGAACGUGCUCUGAAGGCAAAGUUGUUAGCUAUGCAGCAAGCCAGAGAAACUGCAGUACAACAGUACAAAAAACUGGAAGAAGAAAUACAGACACUUCGAGUUUACUACAGUUUACACAAAUCUUUGUCCCAAGAAGAAAAUCUAAAGGAUCAGUUUAACCAUACCCUUAGUACCUAUGAAGAAGCUUUAAAAAAUAGAGAGAACAUUGUUUCCAUCACUCAGCAACAAAAUGAGGAACUGGCUGCCCAACUGCAGCAAGCUCUGACAGAUCGAGCAAACAUGGAAUUAGAGCUUCGGCACACCAUGGAGGCCUCCCAAGCGGCCAAUGACAAAGUUCAGAAGCUGGAAAGGCUGGUGGACGUCCUGAGGAAGAAGGUUGGAACAGGGACCAUGAGGACAGUGAUCUGACUGAAAAACGACAGUCUGGGGAAGCGAUCACAUCUGGUGACCAGGCUGCUUCAUUCAACACUGUGUAAACACUAAAGCCUUAACUUAGCAAACAGUUGUUAGAAGUGGGACACUCCAACCACAUUCCAAGCUGAGAUAAAAUCAAAUCACAAAUGUUUAACCACUUUGCUGCUGACUUGAGUUACUUAUCCACAUGUAUUAGACAUAGACUUUUUACCAGUUGGGUAGCUCUAAAGUUGUAACUAAUUUGGUAACUAUUUUAUAUCUCAAUGUAUGUAAUAUAAAUCUUUUUACUAAUAGACUGUUUUAGAUAUAGUAAAAUUGAUUAGGAUCAUAUCUUCACAUAUGGCCCUUUCUGAAUAAAAAAUGCAGCAAAGUAAAUAUUGUCUAAGCCUUAAUCCACUGUGUUAGGUCAAAAUUUCGGAUACAUGCAUUUUUCCAUAUAGAGUUUAUUUCUUAACUGUGAUGAGAGAGGCUCAGACUUAACAAUAUGUAGUUUUCCUUCAAUGCAUGUGUGUAACCUUUGUUAUUAUUAAAGUAUAUGAGGUGUCGAUGCCAGGAAUUAAAUAUAAUUUGCUUUAAUGAGAGUUUGGUACAUUGUACUAAUCAUGACAUGAUUUUUGUUUCAUUGCAAAUAAUACAGACUCUUCAAUAAAAAGUAGAUAUUGUGUACUUAUGUGUA